GGGUUCAUUCAGUCAAUUUCUCUCCUGAUGGUACUACAUUAGCAUCUGGUAGUGCAGAUAACUCUAUCCGUUUAUGGGAUGUUAAGACAGGAUAAUAAAAAGCCAAAUUAGAUGGUCAUUCAAGUUGUGUUAAUUCAGUCAAUUUCUCUCCUGAUGAUACUACAUUAGCAUCUGGUAGUGCAGAUAACUCUAUCCGUUUAUGGGAUGUUAAGACAGGAUAAUAAAAAGCCAAAUUAGAUGGUCAUUCAAGUUGUGUUAAUUCAGUCAAUUUCUCUCCUGAUGAUACUACAUUAGCAUCUGGUAGUGGAGAUAACUCUAUCCGUUUAUGGGAUGUUAAGACAGGAUAAUAAAAAGACAAAUUAGAUGGUCAUUCACAUUAUGUUUAUUCAGUCAAUUUCUCUCCUGAUGGUACUACAUUAGCAUCUGGUAGUUCAGAUAACUCUAUCCGUUUAUGGGAUGUUAAGACAGGAUAAUAAAAAGCCAAAUUAGAUGGUCAUACUAAUUGGGUUCAUUCAGUCAAUUUCUCUCCUGAUGGUACUACAUUAGCAUCUGGUAGUGCAGAUAACUCUAUCCGUUUAUGGGAUGUUAAGACAGGAUAAUAAAAAGCCAAAUUAGAUGGUCAUUCACAUUAUGUUUAUUCAGUCAAUUUCUCUCCUGAUGGUACUACAUUAGCAUCUGGUAGUGGAGAUAACUCUAUCCGUUUAUGGGAUGUUAAGACAGGAUAAUAAAAAGACCAAAUUAGAUGGUCAUUCACAUUAUGUUUAUUCAGUCAAUUUCUCUCCUGAUGGUACUACAUUAGCAUCUGGUAGUUCAGAUAACUCUAUCCGUUUAUGGGAUGUUAAGACAGGAUAAUAAAAAGCCAAAUUAGAUGGUCAUACUAAUUGGGUUCAUUCAGUCAAUUUCUCUCCUGAUGGUACUACAUUAGCAUCUGGUAGUGCAGAUAACUCUAUCCGUUUAUGGGAUGUUAAGACAGGAUAAUAAAAAGCCAAAUUAGAUGGUCAAACUAAUUGGGUUCAUUCAGUCAAUUUCUCUCCUGAUGGUACUACAUUAGCAUCUGGUAGUGAUAAUAAGUCUAUCCGUUUAUGGGAUGUUAAGACAGGAUAAUAAAAAGCCAAAUUAGGAUGGUCAUUCAUGGGGCAGUUACUUCAGUCAAUUUCUCUCCUGAUGGCACUACAUUAGCAUCUGGUAGUUAUGAUAACUCUAUCUGUUUAUGGGAUGUUAAGACAGGAUAAUAAAAAGCCAAAUUGGAUGGUCAUUCAUCAGCAGUAUGGUCAGUCAAUUUCUCUCCUGAUGGUACUAUAUUAGCAUCUGGUAGUUCAGAUAAGUCUAUUCGUUUAUGGGAUGUUAAGACAAGAUAUUAAAAAGCCAAAUUUGAUGGUCAUUCUCAUUGGGUUUAUUCAGUCAAUUUCUCUCCUGAUGGUACUACAUUAGCAUCUGGUAGUUUGGAUAACUCUAUCCGUUUAUGGGAUGUUAAGACAGGAUAAUAAAAAGCCAAAUUAGAUGGUCAUUCAAGUUGUGUUAAUUCAGUCAAUUUCUCUCCCUGAUGGUACUACAUUAGCAUCUGGUAGUUAUGAUAACUCUAUCCGUUUAUGGGAUGUUAAGACAGGAUAAUAAAAAGCCAAAUUAGAUGGUCAUUCUAAUACAGUUUAUUCAGUCAAUUUCUCUCCUGAUGGUACUACAUUAGCAUCUGGUAGCGCAGAUAACUCUAUCCGUUUAUGGGAUGUUAAGACAGGAUCAUAAAAAGCCAAAUUAGAUGGUCAUUCAAAUGGAAUUCUAUCAGUCAAUUUCUCUCCUGAUGGUACUACAUUAGCAUCUGGUAGUUUGGAUAACUCUAUCCGUUUAUGGGAUGUUAAGACAGGAUAAUAAAAAGCCAAAUUAGAUGGUCAUUCAAGUUGUGUUAAUUCAGUCAAUUUCUCUCCUGAUGGUACUACAUUAGCAUCUGGUAGUGGAGAUAACUCUAUCCGUUUAUGGGAUAAGAAGACAGGAUAAUAAAAAGCCAAAUUAGAUGGUCAUUCAUAAUAUAGUUUAAUCAGUCAAUUUCUCUCCUGA